GGCGGGGGGACAGGGCCCGAGGCGGGGGGACACGGCCUGGGUGUGGAGGGAAAGCGCCCGGGGAAGAUGGCAGGGCCCGAGCAGGCGGAGGACCGGGCCAAGUACCUGGCGCAGAUCAUCCUGGUGGGGGCCCAGGUGGUCGGACGGGCCUUCAUGCGGGCGCUGCGCCAGGAGUUCGCAGCAAGCCGAGCAGCAGCAGAUGCACGAGGGCGCUCAGAGAGGCCACAGUCCGCUGCCGCCUCCAGGAUCACCGGAAUCAGCCUGCAGGAAGCUCAGCAAAUCCUGAACGUCUCAAACCUCAACCCGGAGCAGAUCCAGAAGAACUACGACCACUUGUUCAAGGUGAACGACAAGUCGGUGGGAGGCUCCUUCUACCUGCAGUCCAAGGUGGUGAGAGCCAAGGAGCGGCUGGAUGAGGAGCUCCGCAUCCAGGCCAAGGACGAGAAGGAGAAGGGGUGGAAAGCUGAGACGUGACUCCUGCCACCCCCACGCCCCGUGUCCCUCACCCUUAACUUAUAGGUAGCCAAUAAAUACCAUAUCCUCUGGAA